UGAAUCUGGAGGUGCAGCACCAGUCUGAAGAUGUGUUAUCCACUCAUGCGGCAUCAUGUUAGACAUCUGCAAGCUCAAAAAUAUAGGCACUUUGCCAUUGCUGUCUGCUCAGAAAAAAAACACUGUGGGAAAUAGUAAUUCAGACCCUCCUUUCCCUAAUCCCGGAAUGUACCAGCUGGAUGUGACAUUAAAACGAGGAAGCAACCUAGCAGCGCGUGACCGAGGAGGGACAAGUGACCCAUAUGUCAAGUUUAAAAUUGGAGGAAAAGAGGUUUUUCGAAGCAAAACAAUACACAAGAACCUUAACCCUGUUUGGGAAGACAAAGUUUCCUUGCUAAUUGAAAAUCUUAAAGAACCUUUGUAUGUCAAGGUAUUUGAUUAUGACUUUGGAUUUCAAGAUGACUUUAUGGGGUCAGCAUUUCUUGACCUUACAACAUUGGAACUACACAGCGCUAAAGAUAUUGCAUUAAAUUUAAAGGAUCCACAGCACCCCGAACAUGUUUUGGGAACGAUAUAUUUAUACGUCGUUCUUUCUCAGAAGGACAAUGGCUGCAUGGAUAUGUUUCAGACACAAAGUUUACGAAUUUCAGACUCACAUCGAAAAUCUCACUUCUGGAGAGGAGUAGUAAGCAUCACCCUUAUUGAGGGACAGGAUCUGAAAGCCAUGGAUGCAAAUGGACUCAGUGACCCUUAUGUGAAAUUUCGGCUAGGACAUCAGAAAUAUAAGAGCAAGACUCUUCCAAAGACCCUGAAUCCUCAGUGGAGGGAGCAGUUCAACAUGAAUCUUUUUGAAGAGCAAGGAGGAAUAAUUGACAUCACAGUAUGGGACAAGGAUGCGGGCAAGAGAGAUGAUUUUAUUGGAAGGUGCCAGGUUGACCUGUCGGCUUUAAGCAAAGAACAAACUCACAAACUGAAGCUGAAUUUGGAAGAAGGGGAAGGUUGUCUGGUUCUUCUAGUGACUCUGACAGCUUCAGCUGCCAUCAGUAUCUCCGACCUCUCUGUCAACUGCUUGGAGGAUCAAAAAGAGCGUAAGGAAAUUCUGCGGAGAUACAGUCUUAUGAGGUCCUUCAGCAACUUUAAUGAUGUGGGUUUACUUCAAGUGAAAGUUAUAAGAGCAGAGGGAUUGAUGGCAGCUGAUGUCACAGGUAAAAGUGACCCAUUUUGUGUAGUGGAGUUGAACAAUGACCGUCUGAUGACACACACCGUUUACAAGAACCUAAACCCAGAGUGGAAAAAAGUGUUUACCUUCAAUGUCAAUGACGUCCACUCCGUCCUUGAAGUGACAGUAUAUGAUGAAGAUCGAGACCGAAGUGCCGACUUUCUGGGCAAAGUUGCUAUCCCCUUGCUGUCUAUUCAAAAUGGUGAACAGAAAGCCUACGUCUUGAAAAACAAGCAGCUGACAGGGCCAACAAAGGGGGUCAUCUAUCUUGAAAUAGAUGUGAUUUUUAAUGCCGUAAAAGCCAGCCUGGCUACCCUCGUACCAAAAGAGCAGAAAUACAUGGAGGAAGAACCUCGACUUUCUAAGCAGUUACUGCUGAGGAACUUCAUCCGUAUGAAGCGUUGUGUCAUGGUGCUCAUCAAUGCAGCCUACUACAUUAACAGUUGCUUUGAUUGGGACUCACCCCAAAGGAGUCUUGCUGCUUUCUUGAUCUUCCUCCUUGUGGUCUGGAAUUUUGAGAUGUACAUGAUCCCAUUGGCAUUGUUGCUGUUAUUGGCUUGGAACUAUUUCUUGAUUGUAUCAGGAAAAGAUAACAGGACACAGGAUAUGGUAAUGGAAGACAUGCUAGAGGACGAGGAAGAGGAGGAUGACAAAGAUGACAAGGAUGGUGAGAAGAAAGGUUUCAUGAAUAAACUCUAUGCCAUCCAGGAGGUCUGCGUCAGUGUUCAAGGUGUUCUUGAUGAAGUGGCUUCCAUUGGUGAAAGAAUAAAGAACACAUUCAACUGGACGGUCCCAUUCUUAACCUGGCUGGCAAUUAUCGCCCUCUGUCUGCUUACGGCAGUGCUGUAUUUCAUCCCGCUCAGAUACAUCGUCCUUCUGUGGGGUAUAAAUAAGUUUACAAAGAAAAUUCGCAGUCCUUACAUGAUUGACAAUAAUGAGCUUCUUGACUUCCUCUCCAGAGUUCCUUCUGAUGUGCAGCUGGUGCAAUAUCGUGAACUAAAACCAGACCUCAGUCACAGCCCCAGCAAAAGGAAGAAAAAUAAUCUUGGUUAGCGAAUGUUCCGCAUGGAGAAGAAAGGCAUCUGCUCGAUGCAGAAAAAGGGAAGCCCUACGGCCUCACACGCAUCCUCAUUGUUUAUGUUACCUUAUAUUGUAUUUUUAUCAUGAUUGAGACAAUUUGUAUAUAUUGUAUAAAGGCAGAUACCAUUGUACUAUACUAAUUUGAUAUAAACUUGGGAGUCCAUGUCUAUCUGUGUGAAUGCUCAGCAUUCAGAUUAGUGUAGAUAUUGUCUUCUGUAAGUACAUGGCUGAGAUAGGCAAUUAAAGGCUGCACACUAUAUGCAUAUGCUUUAGCCAAAAAAAAAGCUAUAUUUAUUAUACAGAGCUAUUCUUUGGAUUUUUAAAGAAUAAUAUGCACUUUUGGAUUCAGUGCCUAGCGGUUCCCCGGGUUUGGGUGUGUAAGCUCAGGCCUGUGAGAGCUAAUAUAAUAUUUAAAGCUAUGGUGUGAUACAUUCUGUGACUUGUCCCUCAAGCUCCUCUGUUCUUUAGGACCAUCACACAUACAACCACCCAGCUCAAGUCAUUAAACCAAAAGAGGAGGGAAAUAGUUUGUUUGCACAGAAAAAAUGUACUUGUGAAAUGAUGAAUUCCUUAUGAUAAAUUAGAAAACAAAUGAAAAUAUCAGUCACUGAGCCAAUUCUGGGUGAACCCUUAAAUCGUAGGCUCUUCUUUGAAGGGCGUUAAUUAAUUAUAUCACCUACAUAAACAUUGCAAAUAAAUUAAUUUGUUACCAUUCACAGCUGCAAUCAGACAUCUGCAGACUCUGAGUUCAUCUACCCUAGCAACCCCUGCUGCUUCAGUGCUUGUACAGAGUUUAUUCUAAUAAUUAAAGGGGUUUUCCGGGAUUUUAUUUUAAUAUUUAUGUCCUAUCCUCAGGAUAGGUCA